UUGUUAUUAAGCCGAUCUCUUGUCAAGUCCUACAGCAAACUAUAUGUAGCGGCACAAAUUUUACCUGCAUGCGUACUAGGUGUAACUUUGGACGUGGUGGUCUUCAUAUAUCGAAAACAGGAAGAAAAAGUUUUGUGUACCUUGCCAGUGCCAAUGUGGGGCGGAAUAAAUGAAAUUUACGCCAACUGCAUUAUUAUAGUGUGCGUUCUGAUUAUUUCGUGCUAUGGUUCCUUCAUAUUCUUCUUGAAAAGGGUUCGCAUGAGCAGCGAGAAAAUCAAGGGUAUCUAUCGCUCUCUGAUUCUUAUAAGCCUAUCAGUUGUGUUUGGUUAUUUCAGCACCAUGAUUGUUGUUUCAGCGAAGGGACUCCUAAACCUGAAAGUUGAAAUGAUCUCUCUAACUCUCUUCGCAGGACUAUUCGCUACUUCGGCAACUGCUGUAAACUUUUUCAUUUACUAUGGCAUCAGGUUAGAGAGGCGCUUCAUUUUUUCAGAAGUUUCACAAAAUCAGAAGCUCGUAGACAGUAGUAGACCAUGA